AUGUCAACAGCAGCAUUUGAACGCCAGAUUCGUCCCAUCUAUGACGCCAUUGACACGGGGUCAAAUAAAUCUGCUCUCCUUGCUUGUAACAAGCUGCUGAAGAAGUAUCCUAAGAAUGAUUUGCUGAAGGCUUUGAAAGCUCUUGCCCUUGUACGCUCUCAAAAAGUGGAGGAGUCUUUAGCUCUCUGCGAUGAAGUGCUGGCUGCUAAGCCAUCCGAUGAUGGAACCCUUACCGCCAUGAUGCACGUUCUGCGGGGUCUAGGUCGUCACGCCGACACGGUCGCUAUGUUCGAGGAGGCGUUCAAACGUCAACCUUUGAACGAGGAUCUCGGAAUGCAAACGUUCUUUGCUAACAUUCGAACGGGUAAUUGGAAAACUGGCCAGCAGUUAGCUACGAAACUGAACAAACAGUUCCAUGAGGAUCGUUAUGUUUAUUGGGGCGCCAUGUGCGCUGUCCUACAGGCCAAUGACUCUUCGACGCCGCCGAACAUGCGCGAGUUGUUGUACAAACUUGCGCACAGGCUUCUGACGUCCGCAUGGAACCCUCUAGAAAUGAAUGCUGACCGUUUCCAUCUUUACCUGUCACUUCUGCUGGAGCUGCAACUGUAUGAUGAAGCGCGCGCAGUUCUAGAGAGCGACCAGGGGAAGUCUAUCUGUUCUAGAAGCUUGGCUUGCGACGAGCUUCGACGGGACAUAUGGAAGGCAAAGGGCUGGCUAAAGGAAGAAGGCGAAGCUGCUGAGAAACGAAUCACAGACAAAAAUCGAAACUGGUUGGAGUUCGUGUCGGUCUUGGAUGCUACAUUUUCUUCCAUCACUUCAGGUGAUGCCAACGAUUCCUCGCGCGAGGAAUGCACGCAACAUAUUUCGAAGACUUUGGAGUUCUUGAACAAUGUGGCACAAAAUGACAAGAACAAAGAUCGAUCGGCUCCUCUCGCCCUAUUGGAGCUAGAGAGACGAGCUAGAGAGCAUGGUGUGUCAACAGAGCCUUCUCGGAUGGUCGACCUAUUGCAACAAUAUUUCGACCAGUUUGGUGACAAGGCUGUCUGCUACGAGGACCUGCGGCCGUACAUUUCCCUUGAUGCUGACGACUUAUCUCGAUGGUCAUCAUUUCUGACGUCCAUACCCUUCUCAUCCGAUUCGCUUUUCGAGCUUCAACGGUCGAUCAACGUGCAGAAGCUCUUGCGAUUUAACUUACAGGAUUCGGAUCUGACCGUGGAGCUUGAAUCAAGCCGGGCAUUGCAGCUGGUCCAGUUCUACAUCGAAGGCCUUCAACUAGGCAAAGAGCUGCCUAAAACCGAGCUUCAACCCGCCGAUGACCUUGCUGUAUUGGCUGCGCAAGUCUUCGUUAGUAUGUAUGACCGGUCGAACGAUGUGACGCAUUUGCACAAUGCGGUUGUGUUCCUGGAAUUUGCAUCCAAGAAGAGCCCUCAGUCUUACCAGAUCCACUUGUCUCUGAACAGAAUUUAUCGUUUGUUGGGCGCUCCGCAACUUGCGCUCGAGCAGUAUCGGCUUCUGAAUGUGAAGCAGGUUCAGAACGAUACUCUUUCACACUUCGCCUUAUCACGAGCAUCCAAUUUCUCGCUUGCGGCCACGGGUGACCUGACUUACGCGUCUGAGUGUCUGGAGUCUAGUCAGAUCUACAUGAGCAAUUCCACUGAGACGGCGGAAUUUAUUGUCAGAGCUUUCAGCGCGGAGAAAUACUCACAGAUACCUGAUUUCAUCGUUUUCGAAGACCGGUUGGAUAAUUCGCUCCAACGGGAUUUGGUGAAAAUUGAGCACGUCCGGAUGCGUGUCACUCACGAACCCAUCAUCGCCGAUCUUGUUGAUCUGGAGCUUGUUGAGCUUAAAUUCAUCUUCGACCGGUUACAUUACGACAAUCGAGAUUUCGACAUUCUCCCCAAUUAUCAACCUCUCAGUCAGCCGUCGUUUGGCAAGCAAACGACGCUUUUCGGCAAGGAGCCGGGUCUGGGAUGGUUGUGUGUCUUCCUCAGGGUUUACAUCAAGGCGUUCCAGCAUGCUAGUGAUCUCGACGAUACAGUGGAAGAGAAGCUGCUCGUUGGCGAUCGGCCCAAGCAGAGCAAUGAUCCGGAGAAUAAGUUGCCUUUGCAGGAGCGUUUGGCUGCUCGUAAACCACAAGAACUUCAGGAGCUCACUGUCGACGAAUUUGCUUUCCUUGAUUAUGCUACCGAUCUUGCUGACUGGCUAGGACCUUACCACGAUUUUACCCGACCAUCGCCGUCUGCCGUCUUGGCCGAAGCAGCCAAGCAAACCGAGUUGAAAACUGGUCAUGCUCUCAAAGGCUUGGACCUCCCUGCCGACAAUGGUCAUGCAAAUGGCCAUACAAAGAAGGCAGAGGACGCGCCACUGGUAAAGGAGCCUCCAUCGUCAUUGAUCAAAUUUUUUGAGUGUAUGCAACAACGUUUCAACGAACUCAUAGAAGCUCAGCGACCGCCACAAGAACUUCUUCAUGUCGCGGCUCUCACGCAGGAGGCCUUGAUACUGUUUACUAUUGAGACAUUGCGUUUCAAGAACGCAUCUGUUGUGAAGGUAAAUAAAUUGGGAGCAUUGGUUCAAACCUUCAAGGGCAUUCGCACCGAAGCCCUCUCGGUGCUAAAGGGAAUGGGUACCCAAUUGGUCAAAAUUAGCGAGAAUGAGGGCACCGUAGACAAGCGCAAGGCAUUCGUGGAAGGAUUCAAGUCUCUAGAAGAUCACAUAUUGGAUGUCGCGAAAAAGGUUACGGAUGCCCGUAAGAAGGUAUUAGAGGGCUUUGGCAAGGGUGUUGGCCGCGUUUGCACAAGCCAUGCAUGA